UUAUAUCACCACUUUGUAACUGUCUUGUUACAUUAGUGAAAUAAAAAUUAAAAAGUUUAUAAAUUUGUCCCAAUGUUGACACUGCGUUAUACAGGGCGCUUCACUCCCACUCACUCCCACUCUCACUCUAUUUUUCUCUAGUAAUUGCUGCAAUCGGAUUUGUUGAAAGAUGGCUGAGGGUUUAGCUGCAGUUCCCAGCACUGAGUUGUUGGAAUGGCCGAAGAAAGAUAAGCGUCGGUUCCUUCACGCCGUGUACCGUGUUGGCGAUCUUGAUCGUACCAUCAAGUUCUACACUGAGUGUUUUGGGAUGAAAUUGUUGAGGAAAAGAGAUAUUCCUGAAGAGAAAUACUCCAAUGCCUUUCUUGGGUUUGGCCCAGAGGAGUCUCAUUUCGUUGUUGAGUUAACUUACAAUUAUGGAGUAUCAUCGUAUGAUAUUGGAACUGGUUUUGGGCAUUUUGCAAUUGCAACACCUGAUGUCUACAAAAUGGUUGAGGACAUCCGUGCAAAGGGUGGCAAUAUUACAAGAGAGCCUGGUCCAGUUAAAGGUGGAUCCUCUGUUAUUGCUUUCGUGAAGGAUCCUGAUGGUUAUAUUUUUGAGCUCAUCCAAAGAGCUUCUACUCCUGAGCCACUCUGUCAAGUAAUGCUUCGUGUUGGGGAUUUAGACCGCUCUGUUAAGUUCUAUGAAAAGGCGUUGGGAAUGAAGCUAGUAAAGAAGGUGGAUAGGCCUGAAUAUAAGUACUCCAUAGCUAUGAUGGGGUAUGCAGAAGAACAUGAGACUACUGUUCUUGAGUUGACUUACAAUUACGGAGUGACUGAAUAUACCAAGGGAAAUGCAUAUGCACAGGUUGCUAUUAGCACUGAUGAUGUAUACAAAAGCGGUGAGGUUGUGGAACAUGUUAUACAAGAGCUUGGGGGAAAGGUUACUCGUAAACCGGGGCCAAUUCCUGGGAUCAACACUAAAAUUACCUCUUUCCUAGAUCCUGAUGGCUGGAAAACUGUUCUGGUUGACAAUGAGGACUUUCUAAAGGAACUCAAGUAGGCACUAAAAAAGAGUAAUGCUACUAUAUGAAUAAAUCAGUAUCUUGUUGUGUAAGCGAGCAGAUAUGUCUGUUAAAUAUGAUAUUUGUUAUGCGACCUGGACCAUUUCCCGCAUGUAUCAGUUGUGGAUUCUAGUAUGUUGCAUAGCUAUCAGCAGGUUAUGCUUAUGAUUGAUGAUAUUCACGAUUUACAUCCCUGUUUUUUAGAUGUGGUCAAUAAAAAGAUGCACUUGGACCGUCAUGCCUUGAUAA